CCUCUAACAACCUCUUUCCUCUUUUCGGGUCAGUGGUAUUCAUAAUAUUUUUUUUUCUUCCAGCGGUAAAAGCUGGUUCUAACAUAAAAAGAAGCCGCCGCUCCACCAGUAGCUUGACCUUCAACCUACCAGAAUCAGCUUCAAAUCAGAUCUAAAAUGGAUGAUACUAUGAAGCAAUUCCAAGAAAAGCUGAUUGAGAUUGAGGCUGAAGCAGAAUAUCUUCUACUUGCGAGGCAUGAGCUAGUUGAGAAUGAUAGAUUGAGAAAUGGGAACAGAGAAGCUUUGACAGCACUAAGGAAGCGGGCUCGUACUACAAAAACAAGCGUUCCUUCACCUUUUGAGUUGGUGAUGAAAGAAAUUGAUGAAUCAAGGCCUCUAGUGAAGGAGAUGUGUGCAACUUGUGGGAAUCACGACUCUAAGGAAAAAACAUGGAUGAUGUUCCCUGGAACUGAUAUAUUUGCUCGGGUUCCGUUUCACGCCGCUCAUACCAUUUUGGAGAAAGAUCAAACUAAGCUGGACUAUGAUUCUAAGAAACUACAAAGUUAUGUAAAAGAGAAGUCUUUUUUAAUCUCGGAACAAGGUGUUCUAGCUGACAAGAUUGGUCCAGGCGUUUUGAAGUCAUUGGUGACGUUACAAGACAAACCAAAGUAACUCACUAUAAUUGGACUCAAGAACCUGUUCCAGAAAGUCAACAGGGUGUGCGAAAUUGCGAAGAGGUCUGGGGAUGCAUUCUUGUGUAUUGGCAAAUAGAUUUGUACUAAAUAUGUAACUUUCCCAAGACUUGUUAUUAAAGCCUUAGGUGACAAAAGAGAAGGUUGGAUAAUGAACUAAAGGUAGUAACUUCUACGUCUAGGUUUAAUUUGGUUGACAUGCGAAUACUCGUUUCAAUAGUAAAUAUCAUAUGUUAUUUUGUUGA